GCUUAUGCGCGUGCCGGUUGUUCUUUUCUUCCGCCCGCCUCCUCUCGCUUCCCGCCCGACGCCUCGUCUCGCUCCCCGGCCGACGCCUGCCGCUAGGGUUCCGCCGCACCCGUCCUCCGGCGGCGGCGCCCCUCCUCUGCCUCCCUCAAGCCGGCGGCGGCGCUCCACCCACCGAAUCGAGCAGCGGCGCCCCUCGUCCACCUCCCCUGAAGCUGGCGGCGGCGCCCCUGAAGCUGGCUGCGGCGCCCCUGAAGCCGGCGGCGACACCCCUCCUCCGCCUCCCCUCGAGCCGGCGGCCACGAAAUCAAGCCGGCGGCGCCCCUCCUCCACCUCCUCUGCACGCCGGCCACUUUCCCCUUCCCGAUCUGGUGCUAAGGUUGAUAUGACCUGAUCAUCCAAGGCUAGUUCCUUCAGCAAUGGUUUAUUGUACUCACUGUGCUGAUUACUGCCCCUCAAUAAAGGACCCCGACAAAGGAUACAUAUGCUGCGGUACAUGUGGAAAGGUUCUUGAUGAGGAAAUAUACACUGACGAGCCUACUUUUGUUAAAGAUCCCUCAGGGACGAGCCGCUUGGCUGGAAGUAUUCUGGCAAGCAUUGGUUCUCACUAUUCAAUGUCCCGUGAAAGAACCUUAGAGAAAGGGAAGGAUGAGAUUAGUCAGAUCGUCAAUAACUUACAUGUCAGCGGUGGAGAAACUAUCAUUAGCAAGGCUUAUUGCUUCUAUAAGCUAGCUAUUGACCGUAAUUUUACAAGGGGGCGUAGAACAACCCAUGUUGCAGCUGCUUGCCUUUACAUUGCCUGCCGGCAAAGUAAGAAAGCUUAUCUUCUUAUCGAUUUCUCUGACUAUCUGCAAAUCAGUGUUUAUGUCCUAGGUGCUGUUUUUCUCCAGCUCUGCCAAGUUUUGCUACUUGCAGAUCAUCCAGUUGUUCAAAAGCUUAUAGAUCCCAGCCUUUUCAUCCAUCGUUUUACAGAACGUUUGUUGGGGAGGAGGGAUAAUGCUGUCUCAGACACAGCUUUACGCAUUGUAGCUAGCAUGAAGCGAGACUGGAUGCAGACUGGGAGGAAGCCAAGUGGAUUAUGUGGUGCAGCAUUAUACAUUGCUGCACUGUCUCAUGGGUACAAUUACACCAAGGCAGAUGUUGUUGCUGUUGUGCAUGUCUGUGAAGCCACUCUAACUAAGCGAUUGAUAGAGUUCGAAAGUACAGAUUCUGGCAGCUUAACGAUUGAAGAAUUUCUGGCAACAGCUGAUGAAUAUAAUCAAGAGCCUGUUUCAAAACGUUCACUCAAGUCUGGAGAAAUUCUUUGCAAGCACAAGGGUAAAGAAGGUUUUGAGCAUUUUGCUCAUGGACUUUGUGAAAAAUGCUACAAUAAGUUCACUAAACUGUCGGGUGGACUAGAAGGUGGUGCUAACCCUCCAGCAUUCCAACGAGCUGAAAAGCAAAGACUUGAAGCUGCUAAAAGGGCUGAAGAAGCUGUUGCAGUUAAGGAGGCAGCAUUGGAAGAAUCUCUUUGUGACACACAGAAUUCUGAUGUUGAGAACCCAAGAAAGGGUGUAAGAGAAGAUAAAUCUUCAACAGUUGCAUCCGGGGAACUCACAAAUGACUCCGAGGUGUCCAAGGAUCCUGAAGGGGGAGGUGAAAAUUGUGAAGGCGAUGCUGAUCCGGAAAGCCUUUCUGAUAUUGACGAUGUAGAGGUUGAUUGGUACCUUCACAAUGAGGAAGAAACGCAAUAUAAAAAGAUUAUCUGGGAGGAAAUGAACAAAGAGUACCUUGAGGAACAAGCAGCAAAGGAAGCUUUGGCAGCUGAAUUGGCAGCUAGAGGUGUUGUUGUGGAAGAGGGGAAGAAGAAAAAACGAAAGCGUAAUGAGGACAUCAAGAGCUCAACACCUGCUGAAACACCAGCAGAAGCAACAUUCAACAUGCUGAAACGAAAGGGACUUGGUUCAAAGGUUAGUGAGGGAGCUGUUGGCGAACUAUACAAGACUAAAUAUGAAGAUGGCGAUGCAAAUAAGAAAGACGAGAUGGACUUCGACGCACAGUAUGAGCAGGACAAUGCGGAUGGCGAAACAUUCGAUCAUGGUUACAACUACGACGCUGAUGGUGCAGGAGCCUACAAUGGCAUUGAUGAUUUUGAUUUCUUUUAGCCGCAUUUGUAGAGUGGCACGCCGACCAGCAUGACCUUUUGGGACAAGCUGGAAAUUGAUCCGGAAUAUACCGUGGCAAAAGAAUCUUCACCUGUACGCUACUAUAGUUUAGUUUCAUCUUUAUAUGUCUAAAUGCAUUUGUUAGUAUAAUCUCAUAGUUUCAUUGAUCUUCUGUUGCAACAAUGAUGCUGAGUUUUGUGCCGAGUUUAACUAUCCUCGCGCAAGUGAUUUCUGAUUUGCGCAGAGGCUGAAAAACUCGGAAAGUGUGUGUUGUCAUCAGCUUCGUCUCUUUUUUACUGUGAGAUGGGAGUUAAAUAACAGCACGAUAUUGUCUACUUCAGUGAAAACUGUGGACCUA